UGGCGGAGAUGCUGCUCCAGACGCUCGCCUCGCAGGUGAGGGCCGCGCACACAUUCGAUGAUCACGGCGGCGGCGGCGGUGCGGCGGUGACUGCUGCUGCUCUGCCGCCGCCGCCGCUCCUCCCAUCGGUCCAGGUAUGCACGCUGCUCAAGAUGAAUCUCCAGAUGCUCGCGGCGCAGGGGCUGGCAUUGCAUCCCUCGGCUGCAUUGCGGCUGCUGGAGACAGGAUCGCCGUUCUCGAAUCUUCGCCUCCACCCCUGUCAGGCGAUCACAAGCUCCGUGGCGGCGACCUAUGUGUAUUUCCUCCAGCACGGGUGCGAGAAGGUCGCUGUGGAGUCGGCGCUGUGCCUGAAAAGGGAGAUAGAAACUUUGAGCAGGAGCUUGGCGGGGAAGAAGGGGGCGAUGGGGCUUGUGGAAGCCGAGGUGGUUUCCCUUCUCAAGUUUGAUCUCUUGCUCCUGCUGAUGAGCGUGAGAGCAAAUGCCGCGGAGUCACAGGUCCAGAAGGUGAAAAGCAUCAUCAACUUCGUUCUCGAGAAGUCUGAUCCUUUUGAAGCUCCCGUUCGCUGGCACUCGGAGCUCCAGUUAGCGGUGGUCCAGGCCUUGCGGAGAGUUUUCUCCUGGAUAGUUCCUUGGGAGGUUGAUGCCGAGGGAGCCAUGGAGUUCUUCGGGAAAUGCAGUGUGGCUAUGGCUCGUGGCUUGGAGAAAGGGGUGGCGAGCUUAACCGUGAGGAUAGAGGUGCUGGAAUGGGUCGGCGAGUUUCCAAAGUGGUUUAGGAAGCUGGAAGGUAUGACUCUUCUCAGCAGCAGCUUGUUCGUGGCUUUAGUGGCUGCUGCUUCCGACGAGGAGCACACAGUGAGGCUGCAAGCUUCUAAGACUUUCGGUGCUCUUCUUCGCCACAAGUGCUUGAGCUCUUCUCAGCUUUACUCCGUGGCGAGUGCGGCGUUCGAGCAGCUUGGGGAUCCCGACCCGGGCAUCCAAGCUGCGUUUCGCGAAGUCCUCGCGACGUGCGCCUUGGGUGCGCUGUGGGUGCACGGAUGGAACUCGGAUUUAGAUGCGAAGGAAGAGGGGAACUUCGUUACUAAGAGGCCGCUUGAACGUGAAAAACACUGGAGAUCGGUUCUAUCAGCGAACCGUUUCGCGCUACAAUUGAGCCCGCCACAGGUGGUUUGCAUCCUGAAUUAUAUAUCUCAGCGUCCACAGAGCUUGCCAGCGGGGUGGCAGCAGCGUCUGGUUUUCAACUGCUUGAAGACCAAAAGUGCCGACGACAAGAAGCAGGGUGAUGGACUGGAUAGAAAGGAAGAUUUUAGUGUUGUGGAGGACGCUGCCCGUUUUGAUCUGGUGGAGAGCUGGUGCUGUAGUAGCAACAUGGCUGCUGCUUGGUUCAUUAUCCAGGAGCUAGCUCGUCACUGCAUCACUGUGAGGUUUCGUACUCACCUUGGAGGACCAACGCAGACAUUCGCAGCUCUCGAGCGAAUGCUGCUGGAUCUUCCCCAGCUUGUACAGUCGGAAUCGUCAGCAGCCAACACGUCAGAGCUGCUACCAAUGAGACUCCUUUUGGAGCUGGUUGAUAGCUUACAGAGGAACAUCUAUAACGCCUACGAAGGCUCACUAGUUUUGGAGGCCCCGUCCUUCUCCAGCGGCCUCUUCUUCCGUGCCAACAAGAAGGUUUGCGAGGAAUGGUUUGCCAGAAUCCGGGAAGCCUUGGUGAACGCUAGCAGCGUGAUACAGUGUCACUUUGGGACGGCCCAGCACGCUCUCUUUCGGCUGCAUGACUUGAGGCCGAUGGCACUAGCUGCGCUGCGGGACUUGCCGCGUAGUCAAGCUGCUGACGGCGGCCUGAGCUUGAAGGUGAAGCUCCAACAGGACGUUUUCCGUGUGCUUCGUCAUGGAUCUCUAGCACUAUGCAAGCUGCACGAGAGCGACUCCAUACUUGGACUUCAAGCGUGGGCAGUGACGGCGUUCGCUGGGUUGAUCCUUGAGGACGUUCACAAAGUUAGCUCUCCGCUGGGGCCGGUCGGGUGGAUGAACGGAUUGGCUUUUGAGGCGAGAGGAGAGUUUGAGAGAGCUGCAGCACAUUACUCGCAGCUCUUCCAGUCCGAAGAAACUUUAUCUGUUCUAGGCGCGGACGGAGUGCAGUUUAUCAUCGGCAGGAUUGUGGAAAGCUACGUCUCGCUCUCGGACUGGGAAGCUCUAGAAGGCUGGCUCCAGGAGCUGCAGGUUUUGCGUGCAAAGCAUGCAGGAAAGUCGUACACGGGAGCCCUGACGACUGCCGGUAUCGACAUGAACUCGAUACACGCACUGUCCCGUUUCGACGCUUCUGACAUGGAAGGGACUUGGGGAUAUUUGGACUUGACACCUCAGAGCAACAACGAGAUUACUAUCGAUCCUCGUCAGGCACUCCAGAGAAGCGAGCAGAUGCUGUUACAGGCCAUGCUGAGGAAGGAUAGUGAAGUAGAAGAUGCCGCUCGGGAGGUGAAGCUUGCUAGAGCUAUGCUGGACGGACCGUUGCUGGUAUCUUCGCUCGACGACCUCAGUGACGCUGCUCCGUAUUUGACACAGCUUCACUGCAUUGAAGUCGUGGAGUCUUGGAAGGGGCCGUCUGAACGCCAGGAAGGGAUACAGGAUAUCUCGCUGAAGUAUUUCAACCAUCCUGCGGACGAAGUGUACCAAGACUGCCACUUAUGGUUGAAGGUGUUACGUGUUUACAAGACGGUCUUUCCUCACGCGGGCGUCACUUCGACGUUGCGACGGCAGUUAAUCCGAUUGGCGAGAAAGCAUGGCAACUUCCGACUUGCUCGGAGGAUGCUGAAAGAAAUGGAUGGCGAGAACUGGGAUUCAAAGGUAGCGGCUUACGAGAACUCCUUGCUUCACUUUUCCGAGGGCCAGCAUGCAAAAGCCAUGACGGAGCUGUGGCCGCUGGUUAAGAACUUCAUUGCCGAAAGCGAACGGGCACUUCCAUUCGAAGGUGAUGUUAUGGCUGCAACGUCGUGCUUAAAACUUGGUUCCUGGCUACAAAAGAGGCGAACGGAGAAUGAUUUUGCCGGGUUGCUGUCGGAGAUGGACCUGACCAGUGGAUCUGGUGGCAUGAUUUUGGAGGAAGUCGCUGGCGCAGCAGUGAAAGCGGCAACGCUCCAUUGUCCGUCUUUUGGAAAGGCCUGGUUUUCUUAUGCUUCCUGGUGCUACUCACUCGCAAGGUGCGGUUUUUUCGGCAAUGAGACGCUGUCAAAGGCUAGCAUCUUUCCGCAAGUACUGGAGAAAGAGCUGAUUUCAAGUUCACCUUCCUUAACAGACGAGGAAAUGAUGAAAAUUCAGGCGAUGAUAAAAUCUCUUGGUAGUGAACUAGAGGACGCCAUCUUGGAAAUGCUGGUGAAGCGGGUAGUAUUUUUGCUGGAAGCGGCAGCAAGGGAAGCAGGCUUUGAAAAAUGGGAUGGAGAGUCUCUCAGUUUGCAGCUGCGCCAGGAACUACAGGUUCUCAAGCCGAGCAGCGUCCCGGGCCUUAUAAAUGAGCUCCUACAAGUUUGGUGGGGUGUUCGAAAGAGAAGAAUAUCCCUGUUUGGGUACGCUGCUCACGGGUUUCUGAAGUACAUGAGCUUGUCGAAUCGAACCACCGUGAGAUCCAACCCGCUGAAACAAGACUCGACGCUGAGCGCUUCGUUGUUUGUGCUAAAUAUCCUUCAGACUUGUGGAGUGGAGCUUGAAGAUAUACUUCAGCAGGGACUGUCCUCUAUACCGCCAUCUCCAUGGAAGGAAAUCACGCCUCAACUUUUUGCAUGCGUAAGCAGUCAUCCAGAGGCUAAAGUGAGGAAGCAGCUCGAGGGACUGCUAAUGAGCCUUGCGAACGUGUAUCCGUGGGCUAUAGUUUAUCCGACACUUGUACAUUUUAAUGCCUCAGAGGGCCAAUCGUCCGAGGAGUUGGAACGCAUCUUGAACUCUCUGUCAAAGUUGCAUCCGAAAGUAGUGAAUGACGUGCGGUUGAUGAUAGCUGAGCUCGGAUCAAUAACGUUUCUUUGGGAGGAGCAAUGGCUGACUACGCUUCAGGAUCUUCAUGCAGAUGUGACUCGUCGAAUCAUCACUUUGAAAGAAGAGGCUGCAAGAAUAGCUGAAAAUCAGACUCUUAGCCCCGACGAGAAGACAAAGAUAAACGCAGCAAAGUAUGCAGCAAUCAUGGCUCCAGUAUCGUAUGCAUUGGAGCGACGACUCACUCUUACAUCGAGACCAGCAGAAACGCCACAUGAAGUCUGGUUCCAAGAACACUUUGGUGGCCAACUCAGAGCUGCAAUCACAACGUUUAAGACGCCUCCGGGUGGAAACAUUACUCUAAAUGACGUCUGGAAGCCAUUUGACGCCAUCGCAGCAUCCUUAUCAAAUCAUCACAAAAGGUCGGCCGUGGUUUUGCAAGACGUAUCUCCACGCCUCGCUGCCUUGACGCACUCAGAUGCGCCAAUGCCAGGCCUUGAGUUCCCAGAUGCGGACUUAGUAACGGUGGCAAACUUCAACGACCAGAUUACUAUCCUGGCAACGAAAACAAAGCCAAAGAAGGUCUCUGUGACGGGAUCAGAUGGUCAAGUUUACAACUAUCUGCUCAAAGGAAGGGAGGACCUUAGGCUGGAUGCGAGGAUCAUGCAGCUACUUCGCGCUUCAAACAAGAUGCUACGGGCGUCUAGUGCUACGAGACGUGAAGGCUUGGCUGUGAAGUGCUACUCCGUGACGCCGAUAAGUGGUCGUGCCGGCUUAAUUCAGUGGGUUGACAAUGUGACGAGCCUGUACUCGGUUUACAAGGCUUGGCAGCUUCGGCAACAGGCAGCACAGCUCUCAUCGAAUGCUGUCUCAGGUGCUCCUCCACCUCUGCCACGCCCCAGCGACAUGUUCUACGGGAAGAUCAUUCCAGCUUUGAAAGAGAAGGGACUGCGAAAAGUCAUAUCCCGGAGAGACUGGCCACAGGAUGUCAAAAGGAAAGUCUUGCUGGAUCUUAUGAAAGAGACACCGAGGCAGCUACUAUACCGAGAGCUUUGGUGCGCAAGCGAUGGAUUAAAAGGAUUGAACAAAAAAAUUAAGAGAUUCUCCGGCAGCGUUGCGGUUAUGAGUGUGAUUGGACACGUUCUUGGCUUAGGCGAUCGUCACCUAGACAACAUCCUAAUUGAUUUUAGCUCCGGAGACGUGGUGCAUAUCGACUACAAUAUCUGUUUUGAAAAGGGUCGGAGGCUGAAAGUUCCCGAGAUCGUUCCAUUUCGACUGACACAGACUAUCCAGAAUGCGCUUGGGCCUACUGGUGUGGAAGGCUUCUUUCGAGCUAGCUGCGAAGCUGUUCUGAGCGUUCUACAGAAGAACAAAGAAGUGAUACUUAUGCUGCUGGAGGCAUUUGUAUGGGAUCCUUUGGUGGAAUGGAUGAGGGGAGAUGGUCACGAUGAGGCCACGAUUGGAGGUGAAGAACGUAAAGGCAUGGAACUUGCUGUGAGCCUCAGCUUAUUUGCUUCGCACGUUCAGGAGAAUCGUGUUGCACUUCAGGAACACCAUGAUCAGCUACUGCGGACACUCCCCACAAUCCCCUCUACUCUUCAGAGCUGGGCGGCUGGAUACGAAAACUUUGAAAGAUGCUCGACUCUUGCCUACCAUAUAAACCAGAAAAAAUAUGCUGCUGAGAACGCGGAGGUCGCUGCUAGGAACCUUUUAGCUGAAGCCUCUGGUUCUCUAGAGAAGACACACGUGACAUACGAGAUACAGGCUCGCGAGUUCGCCCAGUCCAAAGCACGUACUGCAGAGGCAGCUAGAGAAACCACACAGUGGAUUGAGCAGCGCAGCAGAGUUCUCGAUUCUCUCCGAACGGACACAGCUCCAGAACUCCAGGCACUGGGACAACGGACUCAUUCGACAGAGGCUGUUUCCUUGCUACAAGCAAUAGUUGCGUCCGGAGUAGCUUUGACAGUCCUACCCGAGCCGACACAAGUCCACUUCAGAGAGGUUGACAGGGACAUUUCGCAGUUCACAUCAGCGCGGCACGAAGCUUUGCUGCAUGCCCGAGCAACUCUGCAAGCCUAUGCUGUAGCGUUGCAGAGGCUUCUGCCAGGGAACUAUUAUACAACGAGCUACGUACAUAGCUGGGCGAAGAUACUCCAGUUGCUAAGCAUGCAAGUCACUCCGGAGGUGCUGGGCGUGACCAAACGGCAAGCAAUAGACAUUACUGCGGGAGGACGUGGAGAUCACGACGAUGUUAUCUGCCAGAAACACGAGAAACUGAGGUCACACGUUGAGCUUCUCGGCGAAGAAGUCCAGAAGCUAGAGCAGGGACGUCUACAACUUGAAGAAUCAGUGGAUCCGGAUGCGGAGAAAAGAGCCAAGGACAAACUCAUGGGGAUUUUUCUUCGUAGCCUCCAGCAGGGAAAGAAAGAUGAGGAUGACGCGGGUUUAUACGAUUUCGAGGAAAGGCGGCUCAAAGUUAUUUUGGUUCUUCAGUCUGCUGCAUCAACUAUUUACAGUGAGAUUGGGAAUCAUGCGGCUAAUCUUCAAGGUGUUGGAAUGGAGGAGUCCAUACGAAGGUGGUGCUUUCCAGAGCUCGAGGGACUAGUUGAGAGGGCUGUCCUCGUCUCGGACGUAUUGAACGAGCUUCAACAGUUCAGUGGGAAGGCUACUGGAUAUCGUGCGAAUCCGUGGGACUCAAACUCGAGUUUUACUGCAGAGUUGAAGGGAUUUACAGACUGUCUUGCUGGUAUUGAUCACCUCGUGAAGCAGAUGAUAGGCGUGGUGCUUCCAGAGGCUGUCAAGGCUGCUCUUUCACAGGAUCCAGCCGUCAUGGACGCGUUCGCAUCUUUAUCCCAGAUACGAGGAGCUAUUGACACAACUCUUGAGAAGGUGGCGGAGAUAGAGAUGCAGAAGUCGGCUUUGUUAGAACUCGAGAGAACUUAUCCUGACAGGCUGGAAGAGCUUGUGAAGCGGAAAACAUUCCUGGAAGAGGCAGCUGCUGGUGGCAAGGAUGAUCUUUCCUGGGAAGAGGCUGAGGAGCUUGCAAGUCAGGAAGACCUCUGCCGAGAGCAACUGGAGACGUUGCAAAAGGCUUGGUCUCAACGCAGUGCACAGGCUUCAGCUGUGUUAAGAAUGGAAGGACUCGUGCGAUCAGCCUUAGCGUCCGCAGACCAACGUUUCGAGGCACUAGUAGCACUGGACAGGGAUGAUCUUCACUUGAUGAGGGGAAAGGUUCUCUUGGCAGCUUUUGCGAAGCUGUUCUCUGGGCUUGAGUCGCUGGAUGCCGCUCUGAGAAGAGUUCCAGUUGCGAAGACAAUGCAGGUUGAGUCUCCUGGGCUUGAAUACAUUUGGAGAGCGUCAAACGUCCUCCAAAAGAAGACUUUCUUCGUGUGGAAGGUCUACGUGAUGGACAUUCUACUGGACUCAUGCGUUCGUGACGCUUCCAACGAUUUGAGCUUGAGUUUGGAUCAAGUUAUAAGCCAGCACAAAAGGCGACUAGAGGCUCAACUUCAGGGCGUGCUGGACUUAUAUCUGAGAGAACGCGUCUCGCCAGCCUUUCUGGACAUUAUUUUGAAGGAGGCUACCAUCUCGAGUUUUGCUGACAAUUCCGACAGUUCUAGAGAGGGGGAGGCUGCAAAGAAAGCUGUGAAGCUACUUCGAGAAUACUGUGAUGUCCACGAAACAGUCCGAGCGGCAAAGUCUGCAGCAUUUGCUCUGAAGAUACAGGCGGACGAAGCAAAACAGAGCCUCCAAAAUGCUCAGAUCGAGAUUGCUCAGAUGGAGUGGCUUCAUGAGACCGUUUUGCUACCUCGCGUCCAGUUCGUUGCCAUGCCAUCUGGGCCUUAUCCUGAGAAGUCGACGAGCAUUCGGUGGUGGAGUAGAAAGCAGAUAUUGGACAACAUACGAAACUCGAUAGCUGCUAUCUCGAGAGCUACUGAGGGCUUGCAGAAAGCGGAGCGGGCAAGUGUGUCCGCUGAAGAGCAGCUAGAAAGGACGAUGGCAUGGGCUUCUAAUCGUGCAGGUACUUCUCAGGAAUUCCGUGAACGUCUUCAAAGAAGGCAGCAACUUCUCUGGACUGGUCAAGAGCACGCCACGAGUACCGUGAGACUUUGUGUUACAGUUUUGGAGUUUGAAGCUUCUCGCGAAGGCUACCUGGAGUCAAGCUCGAGUAGCUCAUCUAGCGACGGGAAAUCCUGGCAGCAGUCUUACCAGAGCUUGAUCUUGCGGCUGGAGGCUGCCUACAUUGCGUUUACUAGUUGUGACAUGGAAUGGAAAGCCGCUCAAAAAGCGUUGGAAGCCGCGAGUGCCAAUCUAUCUGGUGUACUAAGAGAGCGCCAACUUGUAUCUAGCGAAUCCGAGUCGAGUGGAGCUGAACUACAAUCGAUAUUCUUACAACUAAGACAACUCACUCUUGAAGCUGCCGGGGCUGUGAAUGCAUUUUGCAAGGUUGUGCGAAGUCAUUCAGCUCUUACCUCCGAAGGUGCCGUCAUGCUUGAUGAGGUGCUGGCAUUGACGGAAGGAGCGGAUGGAGUGAGUGAUGUGCAUUCCCUCGCGAAAGAAGCUAUCACAGAAAGGCAGAGCCUAAUAAGUGAUCUUAAGAAGGUGCAUGCUGCUGUGGCACCUUUGGAGUUGUUGCUUUCAUCAACAGCAAACGCCAUGAGCGCCGACCUGGAUGUCAAGGCGGUCAUCAAGUCGGGGCAAUCGCCUACGUUGCAAUCUUUGGAUUUAAAGAUCAAGGAGUCUCUCGCAGAUUUGCCUCUGCACGUCUCCAGCGUUCUCGAUGCCGCACAAAAGCUGCACUCGGCUCUUACUAGCUUGGGGCGUACUGCAAGUGUAGACGCCGGUACUCUUAACAAGGCCUUUGAAGGUAUGGACGAAAGUCCACCGGUAUCGGUUUCCACUGAGGAUGUUUUCCCGUCUCAACAAAGCAACCUUCAACCUGUGGCGAAUCCGCUCGUUGAAAAGGAUGUGCUGGAGGACGAUGACUCGUGGAUAUCCCCGCCGGGUACACAGUCCGGGGACUCGGACUACAGUGUUCAAGAGUCGACAUCAACACAGGACCAUGAGGUGCAGCAAAGAAGCCAGGCUGAGAACGUCUCUGUGAUUAAAGCAUUGGCAGCUGAGGCGAUUGAAGGCCAGACACGGGCGAAGGCUGGAGUGUCACAGCAUUCUUUGUCCUCUGAGUGUGACAAGUUACACAGUGGAGAAGCUGCAAGGCCCGGAAACGACCAGAAGCAGCACACCUUGAAAGGAAACUCUAGCAACGCUUUGUCUGCAAAUGUGGAUCAUCAGUCGCGAGUAGUGAGAGGGACUGCUGUAAACGUUUUGAAACGCGUCCGAACUAAGCUUGAAGGACGUGACAUAGAUGAGACCGGGCAGCUGAGCAUUGCCGAUCAGGUGGACCAUCUCCUUCGACAGGCGAUGAGCAUUGACAACCUUUGUAAUAUGUACGAGGGAUGGACACCAUGGAUCUAAUCAGACACGGCGAUACUCCGAGGAAAGAAAGUUGGAGAUGACAGGCAGGAAGAAUCCAUUCUUUCAGGCGCAACUCCGCCGAGAAGUUCACCAACUGAAAGGAGUCAAGCCCUACAAGCACAGAUCCAGAAGAUGUCGACCGUGAAGGAACUGCGAGAAUUGCUUUCUCUGACGCCACAUCCCGAAGGUGGCUUCUUCUACGAGAGCUUCCGCGACGACUCAGUGAUACUUCGCAAGGAAACCCUCCCCUCGCAAUUCAAGGUGGACAGGCCCGUGAGCACAGCCAUCUACUUCUUGCUUCCAUCCGGCUCGGUCUCCAAAUUGCAUCGCAUCCCUUCUAGCGAAGUGUGGCAUUUUUAUGCCGGAGAUCCUCUUACAGUUCUUGAGAUCCAUGACAACGGCGAGGUGAAGCAAACAGUCAUUGGCCCCGAUCUCGCGGCUGGACAGAAGCUGCAGUACACUGUCCAGCCGAUGGUCUGGUUUGGGGCUUUUCCAACCAAGGAUUUGAUCGACACCACCAAGUGUGUCAAGGCUUCUCCACGAGACUCGGACAAAAAUUUCUCGCUGGUUGGGUGUACCGUCGCUCCGGGCUUCGAGUUUCAGGACUUUGUCAUGGGAGAAAGCGAGGAGCUCAAGAAGUUAUUCCCCCAUUUGGCUGACGUGAUAGAGUACCUUACUUGAUAGUCAAGUCAAGUAGAGCUUUUCUUAAGAAUAAAUCAAAGAUUAACAAAGAUAUCUUUGGCCUUCUCA